AUGAAUCAACCCGACGGGGUGCAGAAUUUCCCUCCCAUUUAUACCACAGGAAACAUGACACAAUUCAACAGUCACCCACCAUCUUCGCUUCAUGGCCAAACUAACAGUUAUUACCAGUACCCAGCCCAACAACAAACCUUGUCUCAGAUGCCAUCCUUCUCUAUGUCACCUCCCGGAACAGCAAUCAAUCUUCCGCCAGUUCGACCAGCACAACCAGUACUGGGAACUGUCUACCCUGUACAAGCAUCCAUGGGCUUCAAACGACUGCUUGCAGAAAUGAAAUUGCGUCAGUUUGAUACCAUUCGUUUCGCUGCCUAUCGGACUGCAAGCAAACUGAGAUAUAUACAACAACGAACUUUGUUGCUGAAAAUCCGUCUACAGCUCACGACCGGUUUCGCCCUUUUUGGGGCUCAUCAGAUACUGUCAUGUGGAAAAAUGUUUCAGUUAUUUGAGCGCAAAUUUACUGGCAAGAAGGUUCCUGGUUCGAACCCAACCGCUGUCUCUCAAAUUUCCUUGUCUAGGCUUGGGCAACCUGGCAGUAUCCCAGCCUCCGUGCUUCUUUCUGUUCGCUUCAUGGAACUCAGUCGUGUGGUCGAAACAUUCCGUGAAUUUGGUCUUCAUCAGCUAAACGACCCCAACGCAUCACUGGACUACGCAGGCACAGCUCGUAUACUGGCUCGCAUCUACUCACAGCUAUCUGGUCCUACAACAGAUGUUCAGACAAAAUCCUGCUCAAAAACCACUCCGUCUUUUGAUCCGAACGUCCUUCGAGCGGCAAGUGAAAUACUCCUGAGCUUCCUGAUCUACGCGUUGGAUGUUUGUGCAACGGCCAGAUUGACCGUAAACAGUUUGAAGAUUGCACUCUCAACCCUCACCAACGCGAAACCAUCGGACAAAUUCCGUUGUAGGUUGUCUUGCUUGCACAGCAAA